ACAACUCGAGUCCGCUGCCUGUCGACUAGACGACUGAGUGUAUCCGUCGGGUUUUCAAGAAUUAAAUAUGCGCACGUAGAAAACGCCGCAGUCUGCAUGUUACUUUUGAGUUUUCGUUUGUUGUGUGACAAUUUGUGCGUGUCAGUGGUUUACUAUUUUAUUAACCUAUAACGUUAGCAAUGACACCGACGGUAGUAGUUUUGUGUAAAUACCACGACGGAUUAAAAGCCAUGCCAUGAGUAAAAUUGAAGAUGAUAUAAUUCGAUGCGAUCGCGAAGUAAAAUCCGGCCCGGAAUCGAAACUGGACAUCGAGGAUUUAAGUUCUAAUUUGAAAUUGCUCAUUCAACUCAACGAGACUAUCAAGUCCGAAGUUUCGGAAUUGCUAGCCAAAAGCAAACGUCACGACGCGUACCAAAAUGCCGGAACGUUAUAUAUCAACGGAUUCGGAAGCAAAAAUGGCGAAAUACCGCACGGUACUAAUGAUGAAGACCACGUGGAAGUGGAAACCACGUUUUCCGAUCUAGAUUCUGACUCGGUUAUUCUGCAAGUCAACGUUUCGACUCAGACGUCGCUUUCGUCAUCGGUUAGCUCGACUAAUUUAACGUGGGCUUCUUCCGGGUCAUCUUCCGGGUCCGAAUACGAGUCCUCGUCCGUAGAAGAUAGAAAUUGGACCGGAAGAUUGCCUUGGCAAAGUGCCAAAUUUUCUUCCGCACCUUUGCUUGAAAAAGCGUCCCCUUCCGAAUCAUUGGAGGUGAGCAAGCAGUGCCGUUCCCAGUCAGAUCGACACUUGACCGAAAUCGAAGCCGCCGAAGCAUGCAAAUGGCUACGAGCCACCGGUUUUCCUCAAUAUGCUCAAAUGUACGAAGAUAUGGAGUUUCCCAUCGACAUAACAACCGCAGCACAAGACCAUCCGUUUUUAGAAAGCGACGCUUUGCAUUCGUUAUUCAGGCGUCUCCAAAUUUUAAACAGUUGCGCCCAUUUACACCAACAAAGGGGAGCUCACCCGGAAGAAUCUGAAGACGAGCACUGCGCCCUGAGCAGUAACUGGACGUACCAAAAGGACAUCAGGAGAUGGUCUAGAACGUGCACCAAAGUUCCUCUCGAGGAACUUACCAAACGUUUGGAGAAUGCGAGCAUAGGAAGUCAGGAUAGGGACGACGCGUUUGAAAAAUGUACUCAAAGUCCCAAAGAAAGGCUAAAGCGAGCGGGUUCUAGUAAAUUUCGGCGAAGGCGAGAAGGUAUUUUGUUUAGCGAAGGAGAUGCUUCAUUCAGCGACGAUUACUCCCCAAUACGAAGUCUUCGUCACCUGGGCACCAACCACGUGUCCGAUUCCGAAAGUACUCCUAAGCAUCAGAGGAGGGCCAGGACUAAAUCAUUCGAUAAGACGGAUACUUGGCUCCAGGAUCCUAAUUCGGUGGAGGGGGUAGUGUGGCGGAAAUUGCAAGAGGGGGGAAAACACAGUGAGAAAGUCGAUAGCGAGAACAUCCCCAGGGAGGCGGACAACGCUUUGGUGGACGUAGAGCAACUUUCGGCCGCACAACUGCAAGUGUUGGGGAAGUUGGCUUUAUUGAAGCUAACCGCCCACAUGGAGAAGUAUUGUCCGUCGCACCGGACGGGGUGGAAUUGGGAUUUGCCGAAAUUUAUCAGGAAAAUGAAAGCCCCAGCGUAUAAAGAUAAGAAUGUUUUCGGAGUUCCUUUGUCCGUGACGCUGCAGAGAACCGGUCAGGUUUUACCUAAAACUAUUGAAGAAGCUUUGAGGUGGCUGCAACAGAACGCGGCCGAUCAAAUCGGCAUAUUUCGUAAGCCCGGAGUAAAAUCGAGAAUUCAGGCUUUGAGAAACGUAGUCGAGACGAACGAAUGUAUCGAUUUCGUGGACCAGCAAUCGUACGACGUUGCUGACAUGGUGAAACAAUACUUUAGAGAUUUACCGGAAACUCUGCUGACUAAUAAACUCUCGGAGACUUUUAUUCUCAUCUUCCAAUAUGUGCCCAUCUAUUUGCGGCGCGAGUCUGUUUUAUGUGCUAUCCUCUUGAUGCCAGAUGAGCACACAGAAGUGCUUAAAACGUUGCUACAUUUUUUACUGCUUAUUGCAAAACAUUCGGAAGUGAAUCAAAUGAACGAGAGCAAUUUAGCCAUGUGUUUUGCACCUUCGCUUUUUUAUUAUUCUCAAGCUUACAAACAAUCGCUCGGUUCUCCGCAUCCCAAAGAAUUGGCGGAAAAUAAAGCCGGUCACGAUUGCCUGUUGUAUUUUCUCAAGAAUUUUGACUAUAUUUUUAAGGUGCCUCUCGAAUUUAUCAAACAAUGCAAACCUAGUGAUAUCAAAGAAGCCAAAGCGAAACUUUUAAAUCAUUUAGGUGCCCAGAACGGCGGAUGGAGGGAGUAUUUAGACGAAUGCGAAGCGAAUCUAAUAAAAGAAGUACGAGAGAAACAGAGAGGUUGGAUCGGAGUGACUAGUCACCAUCCGAAAGUAGAUAUUCAUUACAAAAAAGUUGCCGACGGUAUUCCGUUGUGGCUGUGGAAGACGUCUGCUGAAAUUGAAGCACCUCCUACCGAGGUGUUACACCGAUUGAUUAGGGAAAGACACAUUUGGGAUCCUGAACUGAGGUCGGCUAAAAUAAUUGCCCAGCUCGAGCCCAGAACUGAAGUAUUUCAAUACGUCAGAGGUUCGAUUGUUCCUCGACAAGCUGAGGAGUACUGCGUAGUACGCACCUGGCGCGUGAGCAUACCGCGGGACGGCUGUUUGCUGGUGGAAACAUCAGUAGAACAUCCCGAUGCUAUACCAGUUCCCCAGUCGACGAGAGGAUUGGUACUAGCUUCGCGGUACCUUGUAGAACCUUGCGGAUCAGGCCGGUCGCGUUUGGUACACUUUUCGAGGAUCGAUACUAUGGGCAGAGCUCCAGAUUGGUACCAAAAACACUUCGGACAUCUGCAGGCACUUUUUUUGGCCAACAUUCAGAAUUCGUUUUCGCAAAACGCGUUAGGACCAGAAAGCAAAGUAUAAACUCGCGGUUAGCGUAAGAAAUAUUAAAUUCCGUGAGCCUACUUCUAAUUGCUGGGAAGACAUUUUGAGGAUAGGUAAUUAUUAUCUGAAAAUCCCAAAAUGCUACUUAUGUUUUUACUUUGAUAUAUAUGGGCAGAUUGUAGAAGAAUGUUUGUUAAUGCGAUUCGGAUCCUGAUUCCUUUGAAGGGAAUAUGAAUAUGAAAAAAUAUUCCAUAGGGUGGAUGCGAAUGUGGGUCCAAAGUAUAUUUAUAUAAGAAAAGAUAUAUUUUUAUAGGUACUUUCGUAUAGGUUUGCAGAUUUACUGUUAAUUAAACUACAUAACAAUUUAGUCAAUUUCUUUUUUAUGUCGAUGUUACCAGACAAUUUUUAAGUAACGUAUUUUAUACUAAGAAUAUGUGAUUUAUUUUUAUAAACUGACCAUAUAAAUCUAGAAUAGACACUCAUACGUGUAUACAGCAAUUGUCACAUACCAAACUAGUCAAAAUGUAAAUAAAUAUAUUUAAAAGAUUCUAAACCUCAUAUUAUUACUGAUAAUCAAUAUUUUACAUUUUAGUAACAAUAAAGGCCAGUAUUUUGUAAUAACAUAUAUAUAUAUAUUACCUCGUUAAUAUAUUAAU